CAGACUACGCAAUGUUUUCAUGUCUAAAAGGAGGUUGCUUUACAGACUCAGUCAGUUGUGUGUGUGAAGAGACAGAAGCACAAUGAUUUCCUUCCAACGGAUUUCAACGUCUUUAUUUCUGAUACUUCAGAUCACAGCAGCAGCUGGGCAGCAGCGAGCUUUCUUCACUGUUAAAACUGGUGAUGGAGUCACUUUACCCUGUAACAAAGUGGAACAGGAGAAACCCAACUGUGACAGAAUCACAUGGACGUUCAGUCAACCAGGAAACAGAAACGUAUCAUGGUUUGAAAGAGGACGUUUCACAGAAGAAGCUAACGCUAAGUCAGGCAGACUGAGUGUCACAGCAGACUGUUCUCUGGUCAUGAAGAACGUCAGAGUGGAGGAUUUUGGUGAAUACUACUGCAGACAGAUCCCGACUACAAGCCCAAAUCUCGCCAUGAAGGUUGAACUGUCUGUUGUUACCAUGAGUGAACAAAGAAACAAUGGAAAAGUCACCUUUACCUGCUCUGUGUCUCAACACACUGUCUGCAAACACACAGUGGUGUGGCUGUAUGAGGGGAAAGAUAAAAUAUCACCAGAUGUGAAUGUAUCAAGUUCCUGCUCUGCAGCUGUCACAAUCCCAGCAUCUCAUCUGCAUCAGAACUCAAAGUUUUAUGAGUUAUUAAAGUGUAAAGUACAAGAUGCAUAUGACAAAAAAGACCUGCUGUUCACCUUCAGCCAUCAGUCAUCAGGAGAAACGACAAAGUCACCAGUAACAACAACAACAUCUACAUCCACAAGAAACAGGGAGACAAUACAAGGGAACAAAACAACAACAAAGGCAACAACAAUGCAUAAUCCAACAGAGCAACAAGGCAGUAGAUAUUUUUAUUUAAAAAUCUAAUAUCUGAAUAUUAACAUUACAGGUGUUCGGCUUCAGAUUCUCUCAGAUUAAAGUUUUUUUAUCAAUUCCAGGUGAUUUGUGCUUGUUGAGAUACAUCAUUGUGUCUGUCGGUGUAACGGUACUCCUAAUGUGUGUUGCCAUAGUUACCAUGUGGGAAAAAGUUCAAUAUAACAAAUCAGAGAUGAAAAGAAACGCAGUAAACCGUGAUCCGCGUGGAGAGACUGUGGGAUAUGAAAACAUCCCAGAGUCUUCUGCUUCCAUCAGAUUCCACAGAUCGAUAGUUUAAAGAGCAAAUAUAGCAAAAAAUUCACUUACAAAUAUGAAAUAUGACUUUAUGUACCACAAACUGUUUUAGUUUGAAACACGAGGAAGCUGUAAAACACUUAUUUGUGUCAAACAAGAAGAAAAUGUUUUAAAGCAUUUAGAGUAUAUAAACAUCCUUGUUUAUAUACUUUUAGAUAAGAGUGUUAUGAAUAACCACAAGUAUUAAAUGUUAUAAUAACUCAAGUGUGUCAAUAAUCAGCCACCUUGGAGAGCAAAAUAUUGUUUUUAAAUCUUGAAUAAAGAUGCUUGUUUUCU